CAAAUCGUCCAUUCGCAGCAUGCUCAUAACAAGAGGCGUGUCUGCGCCGUGCCGCUCAUUUCUUCCAAUCAAUCUCUUGCGUGCCUUCCAACGUUGGUUCCUGAAUCUACGAUAGCCGUUCGCGAUUACAUCACGCAUUUUUCGGACUCCCGAAAGAACCACCGCAUACACAUCUUGACUUCACCAUCAUCAAUCUCCAGUCGUACCAGCCGGUGAGUACCCCGCGACAUUCCGUCUUCUCUCAGCCAUCGACCGGCUCAUUGCGGUAAUUUAUCGCCUGCAGCAAUGGGACCGAAUGCGAUUGAGCCAGCCAAUUCAUAUCUCGAGAGCCGGGCGUCGUUAUCUGACGUUGGCGCUACAGCUUAUCUGCUUCAUCCGCUUGUGUAACAUAGCACAAAGACCCGCGGACCCCCUCAAUUGGAAUCUUAACACAUACAUUUGUACAUCCUUAGCCUAGGACAUGAAAUACGGCGAUACACUGCGCCAAAGGAGCAUUCCUGAAUGGGGCCAUUUCAACAUCGACUAUGAAUACCUCAAAGACCUGAUCAAGCACCAGACGACGUCUGGCACGAACAAAGCCGUAUCAAUUCCCGGCCAAGGCACAGGCAGCACCGAGAAAGCCUUCAGCGAGACAUUCCUUCGAGUCCUGCAAGCGCAGCAUGACCGCAUAAACCUAUUCGUUCGGAGCAAGAGCGGGGAGAUCGAACGGCGACUGGACCAUAUCAGCAAAAGCUUAGAACAACUACGCUCCAAACGGUCGCCUGAGGCACGUCUCCCCGCCAGGACAGUUGAGAGAUACGCAAAGAUAGAUGCAGAUGUCGCAAGGACUGCCGAGGAGAUCCGCUCACUGUCACGCUUCCUAGUCGUUCAGCGAACUGGUUUUGCCAAAAUUCUUAAGAAGUACAAGCGUUGGACGAAGGAUAGAGAGCUUCCUCGCACCUUCAAAGACGAAAUCAGUAGCCGCUCAGACAGCCUCUUCCAGCUGGAUCUAAGCUACCUUCUCGGUCAAUACAUUGAUGUUCUUGGCGCGCUCCGCUCAGUCUUUGACGGCGACAACGCAUCCACGGCUCACACUAAGGAUGUUGAUGCCCAAUUACCGGCCGCACGCAUCUCCAAGGCUCUUGAGCACGAUGAUCAGUUGGAUUUCGAUCUUGCAUUAUCCACUGUCCCAUUGGGGACUAACGGUAACAAAGCUACAUACUGGAUACAUCCCGAUCACAUAGUCGAGGUUCAGGUCUUGUUGCUCCAACAUAUGCGACUUCACACCAAGAGCACCAAAUCGACCUCGCGGAGGGCUUCUGCCAAUGCAACACCUCGCCGCCGGCAAUCCUCAGGUGCAAAUACGGAUCGCUACUUCGGCAACGAAGAUCAUGUUGGCAUUCAAGUUCUGGAUUACGCAGAAGCAUUUGCAAUUAAGCAGAACGCUAGCACGAUCGGCUCAAGCGAAGAAGACAAAGGCAAUGUCGGAAUCAAGGCGGCUGCUAACGUUCGCUUCUCUGUGGCUGCUGAGGCUGCAAUCGUUGUCUGCACAGCGACUGAUCCACAUACACAGACAGCCGGAGACAUCAGGAUUGCCAAAUUGAAGCGCAAAUUCACGGAAGUCUUCUUGGACACAUCAAAGCCACUACCUGAUAAGCAAAACGUUCGCUUUGUCGAUCGUACAGGUUCCUUCAAUGAUGGCGAGGAAGAGACCCAGACCAUCCGCCAAUGGCUGACAGAACACAAAGAGAUCACACCUAUUGCUGGUGUAGGUGCAAAGCGCACCAGGUUUGUUGGACUGCAUAACAACUCCUCGGGUGGCAUCUGGGCUACCUUGGAUCGUGAAGUGUUCAUGAAGAGUUCUCUGGUCAAGGACCUUGCGAACGACGAUUGGGCUCAGACAGCAACUUCAGGAUCCACCAAGUUCCCUCACGCUAUCCUGGAAGUCCGCCGUGAAGGCAAUCAAGCUGCGUCCUUGAUUCAGACACUUGAUCGAAGCCAUCUCGUUGAACGCGUUCGUGGUUUCUCGGUCGAGGCUCAUGUUGUAUGGACUUGUUGCAAGCCAAGCUCCAUGUCCGCACCCCACUGGAUUUCACUCCUUGACAAAGACAUUCGCAAGCUACCAGAGCCAGUAAAGAGACAUAGCCGCAAAGCUAGAGGGAGCAUGAGCGGCUCGAAUACACAGUCCUCGCCGCCAUUGACCUUGACGUCUAACACCUCGUUCGAUGGCCAGCUGAGCCCUUCAACCCUCCGCAAUGGCGAGUCUUCAGCAACCUCAGCACAGGAUUUAAUAGAUCCUCCGUCUCUGCAGGCUUUCAGAAAGAAGCAUCGCAAAUCAUACUCGGACUAUUCAACCCCGGUCGUUCGAGAGGAGCCGGAAUCGCAACGCUACUGGAACGAGUAUGACCAUCCUGAAGAUGAAGACGAAGGCUAUUAUAUUUACGUUGACCCGAAUGCAUCCGUCAAAUUCCCUGGGCAAGAGACGCUCGAAGCCUGGACGAAGAAAACAAGGAAGAUGUUCGGCAUGCGCGUUCAAGCAGAAGAGCGCUCCCUACUGUCCGCUGUGGAAGAUGGCACGACAGAUGAUGAAGAGUCCGGGAGCGAGAGCCCAUUCGGCUGGAAUCCCCGAUCGAACUACGGCACAAUCACAUCUCAGAACGGUGAUGCUCAUGUAGGCUACUUCAGUAGCCUCUUUAGAGGCAGAGUAAAUCCUCACCAUGAUGCCGAAGCCCUGCAAGAGCGCAGAUCGCUACUCAGCGAGCUACAGGCUCGCAACCGUGAGCGCGAGAGGACCAAGUUCUGCUUCUACUCUACUUGUCUGGCUGCUGCGUUUGCGAUUGACUUUAUUCUUGGGCUCAUGACGAUGACCAGUCGUAAGAAGGAGAGAGGUGCCGUUGAUGCCGGUGUCUUAUUUGGUGCAGUGUGCACACUGGUGCUGUGCAUUGUUGCUGUCAUCAGCAUGAAGACACGAAGGGAGAGGUUGGGUUGGGUUCACCAGGGCGGUGUGUUUAGCAUUGUGCUUGCGCUGCUGGGUCUGGAUGUUCUGCUGCUACUGUGGGUUUUGAGGGUCUGAAGAGAUGGAUGUUAUUGCUUGGAUGUGAGGACAAGGGGUGUUGGGUAUUGCUUCAUCUAGUUUUAUAGCGUGUUUGGCGCUCCGGAGCGAUCGUUUGAAUAUUAUUGGAUAUCCUUGGAUUUUGGGUCGGGUUUGGAUUGGGAUUGGAAUAGGGAUAGGGAUAGGGACAGGGAUAAGGCGCGGGUGCAGGCGCACAUGCGAGG